GAAACUCAUGAGGCUUAGCCAUGCAAGCUCUCGUGCUGGGGGUACAUGCCCAGGUUUUUCCCUGAUAUGGGCCCUUUAAUAAAACAGCUGCUGCUCCCACGACGCACGACUCCUGCUCUCUUUAGGACCUAGCAGCGCGCUCCUCCCAACACUGACGUCUGUACGGUCAUACGUGCCCGGAUAAACGUGAGAGUGAAAGUGGAGGAGCAUCAGCAGCAGCAGCAGCAGAAGGAGGAGCACAGUGACACAGCAGCAGCAUCCAGAACAUCAAGUCAAGGCAUCAGCGGUGCAUCAUGGGAGGUGUAGUGCUGGAUGAUGGAGCGAGUGGUGUGAAAGCCCCUGAUGGGGGCUGGGGGUGGGCCGUGCUGUUUGGCUGCUUCAUUAUCACGGGCUUCUCCUACGCCUUCCCCAAGGCCGUCAGCGUCUUCUUCAAAGAGCUGAUUCGAGAAUUUGGCAUCGGGUACAGUGACACCGCCUGGAUCUCCUCCAUCCUGCUCGCCAUGCUCUAUGGCACCGGUCCUGUAUGCAGUGUGCUGGUGAACCGUUUCGGGUGUCGUCCUGUGAUGAUGGUCGGGGGUCUCUUUGCGGCUUCGGGAAUGAUUUUGGCAUCAUUUGCUACCAGCAUCAUCCACAUCUAUUUAAGCAUCGGAGUGUUAACAGGUCUCGGAUUAGCCCUGAAUUUCCAGCCAUCCCUCAUCAUGCUGAACAGAUACUUCAACGAGAAGCGCCCCCUAGCGAACGGCCUGGCUGCUGCAGGCAGUCCCGUGGCUCUAUGCUGUCUGUCUCCGCUGGGGCAGGUUCUGCAGUACAGCUAUGGCUGGAGGGGGGGCUUCCUCAUCCUGGGAGGCAUCCUCCUCAACUGCUGUGCAUGCGGGGCCCUGAUGAGACCCCUCAUCCCCCCAAAGAAAUUAGAGAAUUCUGGGAUUGAGGAGGCUCCAGAGCAUGAAGAGAAGGCCCAAGCCAAACCCAAGGCCAAGCUGCUGGACUUCACCGUGUUUAAGGACAGAGGGUUUGUCAUCUACACUGUGGCUGCGUCCAUCAUGGUCCUGGGUCUUUUCGUGCCUCCAGUGUUUGUGGUGAGUUACGCCAAAGAACUGGGCAACGAGGACACCAAGUCAGCCCUGCUGCUCACCAUUCUGGGCUUCAUUGACAUUUUCGCCCGGCCCACAUGUGGAAUCAUUGCAGGUUUGAAGUGGGUGCGUCCACGGUGUGUUUACCUCUUCAGCUUUGCCCUCAUCUUCAACGGCACCACCGACUUGAUAGGCUCACAAUCCAAAGACUACUCCUCGCUGGUGGUCUUCUGCAUCUUCUUCGGCAUCUCCUACGGCAUGGUGGGAGCUCUGCAGUUUGAGGUGCUCAUGGCCAUUGUGGGCACACAGAAGUUCUCCAGUGCCAUCGGUUUGGUGCUUCUCCUGGAGGCCAUAGCUGUCCUAGUUGGACCUCCUUCUGCUGGCCGUCUUCUGGAUUACACCAAAAACUAUAUGUUCGUGUUCCUCCUGGCUGGCAUUGAGGUCACUCUGUCCGCUGUGGUGUUGGCCACAUGCAACUUCUUGUUCAUCAAGAAGAAGCCUCAGGAGGCGGAUGCUGCAGUAGAAGCUGGAGAGGUGGCUGGAGAACUGGAGCAGCUCCAUAAGAACCACACGGAGGAGCCAAAGGAACCCGACAGAGAUGCAGAGAAGCAGAAGGACCUGGAUGAUCAGGAGGCCAAAGAAGAGAUGAAGGGAACGUCACAAGAAGAAACAAUCCUUCAAGACAGGCAUGUGCAGAACGGUGGCGUCAGUGCUAAUCCUGAAAGCAGCCUAUGAGUGGAGAUGCUGGACAUAACAUUAGCCAAGGGCAGAAGAGGUUGCAGAUGUCCGCGUUUGAGCAAUAGACUGUCCACAGUAUUAGUGCAAGCUUUCUAGAUGUUGUUUUGGUCCGUUGUCCACCAGAACACUACUGGUGGACUUGUUGCCACUGUGUACAUUCCUGCACUGCCACAAGUAGAAAAGAACAGGCCUAUAGUGACCACAGGUAUGUAGAUGCAGAGGUCAAAGGUCAUGCCGUCAUUCCUUUUGCGUGUUCUGGUGCCAACACAGCUGUAAAAACCAGUUUAAGUGCAUUAGUGUCCCAAGGCCUUUAAAAAGAACCUGUUUGUGUUGUAA